AUGGGUCACUCUCGCGGUCUGAGAUCCGGCACUCGGUACGCCUUCUCCCGAGGUUUCAAGAACCAUGGUGUCAUUGCUUUGUCGACAUAUCUGAAGACCUACCGGGUCGGCGACAUCGUUGAUAUCAAAGUUAACGGUGCGGUGCAGAAGGGGUCACGCAAAAUACCAAAUCUAUGGGAAACAUCAGCUAAGGAUCCGUCUGUUUAUAGUAUGCCCUUCAAGGUCUACCACGGCAAGACCGGUGUGGUCUACAAUGUCACCAAGUCCGCCGUCGGCGUCAUCAUCUACAAGCGCGUUGGCAACAGAUACAUGGAGAAGCGCGUUAAUGUUCGCAUUGAACACGUCAUGCACUCCCGCUCGCGAGAAGAAUUCUUGAACCGUGUCAAGGAGAAUGCUAUUAAGAAGCGCAAGGCCAAGGAUGAGGGUAUCCACGUUCACUUGAAGAGACAGCCCGUUGGCCCCAGGGACUCGCGGACAGUCAGCACUGAGAACAACCUCCCCGAGACCAUCACUCCUGUUCCAUAUGAGACGACCAUUUAA